GGACACCCCAAGGCCGUUUAGUAUCUGAUUCUAGUAUCUGCUUCCUCUCAUAGUCAAUUUCUUCAAGCAAAUUCAAAGCUCCAGAGCUCUCAUACAAUUCACGGCAGUAGAUAGCUUCUUCUUCCUCAAUUCUAUUAGCUGUAAUAUGAUCAAGUGAUGAUGAUGGAGCCGAUCAUGAACUAAGGGUUUUGUUGCGGACGCUGAUACAUUCUGCUAGGGUAAGUCCUAUAGAGAGGCAUAGAGAGAGAGAGAGAGAUGGCAAAUCAAGGUGCAAAAAAGCGCAAGGAAGAGAAUGCUCGGCACAUGGCAAAUAUCCGUCGCCUGAUUGUGGCCUGCAAUGUGAUUUAUGUGGUAGUAAGGAUGCUCAUCUUCCAUUCUACUUUUACCUGGAAAAACUGGGUUGCUUUGCUGCUGACAUCUGUAAUUUAUUAUAUUCCCUAUCAACAACUUGCCCAAAUGGCAAAUCCUUCUUAUGCUGAUGAUGGCGAACUUCUAGACGGCGGAUUUGAUAUGACCACUGGUGGAGUGUGUGGCUAUUUACAUGACGUAAUCUACAUUACAAGCUUCGUGCAAGUCAUGUCCAUAAUCUCUGGAAAAUUUUGGUAUACGUAUCUGCUGAUACCAGGUUUUGGAGCAUACAAAUCAUUUGGUUUCUUUAGAGGAUUUAUGUCCCAAAGUUCAGAGCAAAUUUGUAAUCAGGGAGGCUUGGAGGAUGAAAAGACACGAAAGAAGAGGGAAAAGAUGGAAAAGAAGGCUUCAAGAGCCCAGUUUGUCAAGACAAGAAAAAGAUGAGUUCUCUUGAAAUUUGAUACAGCUUCUUCAGAACCAGGGAAAGUGUGACUAUGGAUUGUCUGCUUACUGCAGAAGCAAUUCUUGUUAGUUCCAUGUUCCCAAGUGCUACAUCCACACUGCCCCUUAGCCAAAACACAACUAUGGGAGAUUCCACAUUUAUAUGAGGAAGAUAAUGCGUUUUUGAUGUUAACUUUAGGAGAGAAGUCUGGUGGAGUAGUACUAACCGGUAUGGUUACAUCAACAUACAUUGUUAAAUGUGUUGCAAAAAUAUUGUAAAAGCAAACCCAGAGUCUGUUGGCCAGAGCCUGAGAUCCUAUUUAUGUAACCUGUGUUGCCGAGUAUUUGACAAAAACUAGAUGCAGAAUUGCGCAAUAGAAUGAGAGAGCAUUUGAUGGAA